AUGAUUUUGGAAUAUAUAAUCGCGGCCGCAAGCUUGGCACGAGCGUGCAGUGAGUAUAUCAAUUCCUUUGCCCAAGGCUCUAUAUACAAUUUCUUCAUGGAGGACAUCGCUAAGUGGAAUGUUCCAGCACUCGGCAGUUUUCCUGAUUUCCUGGCCAUGGCUGUCGCGUUAGUAAUUUCGUGUAUAGUGUCUUUAGGUGCCGUAAAGUCCUCACUGUUUAACAAGGUCAUGACGUUUAUAAAUCUUUCUGUCGUCAUUUUCAUUAUUUGCGUUGGCUUAUACUUUGUUGAAGGAAAAACCUGGCAGGCAUUUGCCCCUUACGGAGUGAAUGGAGUUCUAAAAGCCGCUGGAGGUUGUUUUUAUGCCUUUGUGGGCUUUGACGUCAUUGGUACAGCGAGCGAAGAGGCGUUAAACCCCAAGCGUUCAAUACCAUUAUCGAUCAUCCUAACGAUUGUGAUCAGUUUUCUUGCGUAUUUUGGAGUCGCCACAGUUCUCACUCUCAUGAUACCUUAUAAUCAGCUCAGUCAGUUUGCACCUCUGGCUCAAGCCUUUGCCCAACGAGGAUUCCGCGCCGCAAAGUAUGUCGUGGCAAUUGGAGGGCUCUGCGCAACUGUGAGUAGUCUGCUGACCGCCAUAUUUUCAGUCCCACGUAUCUUGUACUCCAUGGCAAGUGAUGGCUUGCUGUAUAACUGGUUUGCGCAUGUGCACGACACCACAAUAGUACCUGUUCGGGCAGCUUUGGCUAGUGGAGUUUUGAUUGCAUCCUUGGCCUUACUACUGGACCUCAAACAGCUGGUAAGAUUUACUACUGUUACUAUUUUUUUUUUCUACACCACUAAGAGAAAAGUGUUGUUUAAAAUCGUGUAAGGGCAUCAUUGAUCGAAUUUCGAGCUACUCACUCGAUUUCAACACAUGCCCUUCGGUUACAUGGUCUUAUUGAAAUCCAUGCUUUCUCGUUUCCUUUAGGUUGAGAUGUUGUCCAUUGGCACGUUAAUGGCUUACACUAUGGUAGUAAUUGCUGUUCUCGUCACGAGAUAUACUCCUGGUGUUGAAAGUGUAACUUUGGAAAACGACAGAGACAAGACAACCAAAACGUGGAUGAAGACGCUCUGUUGUAGCUCAGACGAAACAGAUGACAGGGCGGAUAUUAGCUACAGACAGGUGCAAAACAUCGACGAAGAAAUCAGGAGCAGUAAAGCGGAACCAGACGAGAAAACAAGUACUCGCGCUCGCGUUGGUGUGUUCACACUGCUUGUAUCCAUAACAGCAUUCUUAAUUUGUCUGACUCGUACUUAUUCAUACUUAGGCCGAGCAGAGGCCUGGGCAAUCCUUCUUUGCUGUAGUUUUGGCUUACAGAUUGUCGCCUCUUUGAUGUAUAUUAUCAGACAGCCAAAAAAUUCCGCUACGUUUCCGUUCACCGUCCCGGGAGUGCCAUUCGUUCCAGCCAUUGCAAUAUUCUUCAAUGUUCUACUAAUAGUAAACUUGAGUCCUUGGACAUACAUCCGUUUUGGUGUGUGGACGGCUCUAGGUGAGUUAUUGCCGACUGAAGCGGUUUUGGGUGGGGGUGGGGGACGGGUGACGCCCGGAUAGUUGACGGCUGCCAUGCUAAAGGGGAGGCUCAAGUUCAAAACCCGAAAGGGUCACUGACCAUGGACUUAAUAGGCUACUUCCGAGUUCCAAAAGUCCUCACUUUCAAAAUGAGGCCAAGCGCACAACCUUUCUUGUGAAAAUGAGUUUUAUUUGCAUGAGAAUGAAAUCUCAUUUUCAUCAGUCAAAAGCUGAGCAUUUGACCUCGUCUUGAUACAGAGGCCUGGGGGAACUCGGAAAUGGCCUAUGGGCUAUCUUUGAAUUUAGCGGACAAUUCUUGCAAGAACCCCUUAGACAAACAGCAGCGGCGGAAAGCCGGAUCUUGGUCUAGAUCAGGAUAACACUUAGAACUGAAGGCAAGGCUGAUCAGACAGCUAAGGAUUGGUAAUUUAUUUGCCCAAUACUUCGACAAGACAAAACUAGUAAAUACUGUGACUGUUUAUUCUAUUCUCACUUAGCUUUUCAAGCCCUUGAUGAAGACUAGUUUUGUCUUGUCGAAAAAUUGGGCAAAUAAAUUACCAAUCCUUACCUGUCCGAUCAGCCUUGCCUUCAAUUAAUUUUAAGUAUCUUUUAAAUCCCGACCCAGUUCAAAGCUCUAGUCCGCUUCACAGCUUUUUUGACUCAAAGAACGGCUGUGGAGCAGACUAGUAGAACUCUGACUUUUCUCCCUUCGUCGUGCUCUGAUUUAGUGAUUCAUAAGGAUGCAAAUGAGCACACACACACGGCUGUUAAAAAAGGUAGGGAACGUUUCAUCGGUGUGGGUGUGAUCUACCUGAAUCGGCUAUCAUUUCAUGUAUCAUACAUGCCAUGGAUAGCCUGAAAAAACAGCCGACAUCUCGCGACGCCACCAACGGUUUCCCCGCCAAAUGACGUCUAAGAAACGAGCGCAGAAAUUCCAUACUGAUGACACGUCACUACCCAGAUCUGGGUAGUGCUUCUGACUGGUUGAAACAAAUUUCCCACGCGGCAAAACCAAUCAAAAGCACUACCCAAAUCUGGGUAGUAACACGUCAUCAGUAUGGAAUUCCUGCGCCCGUUUCUCAGGCUAGCCAUGGGAAGGUUUGGUUCAGUACGCUUAGACCCCUUUUAUGUGGAGAAAACUUGCCCUGGGAAUAGAACGUUCGUCGCCUACCCGAGCUUUCUUCUGCAAGCCAACUUUUCCUACAUUUUCUUACAAAACACGGUGUACCGUUGACGUGAGAAACAAAAAAGUUUGCUUGGCUAGAAGGGUGACCCUCCCAUACCAGCCGAGUCGCCCUUUUUGCAUGGAAGGGUCAUCCUCUUAGCCGGGCUAACUUUUCUCCAUAUAAAUUAUUAAAACACUUUGGCUCGCUAAGGGCCUGUUUACAUGGAGGUGGGGGACCCGAGAUAGGUGAGGUAACAUGUGGCGGAGCAACCCACCUAUCAUGUAAACGUGAUCAAAUUAAAAUGAGAGAUUAUAUGGACAGGCGGGUUACUCCACCUAAGCGGGUUACCUCACCUUCCUGGGGUCCCCCAAACUCGGUUAAGGCAAGACAAUCACAGCAUGCGCGAGGGCUCUUAACACGGGAGUCAAAAACAAUUCCUUUAAGCGUUGAUAAAAUGGUAGCCGUUUUGCAGUUAGAAUGUCUAAAAUGUGCUAAUAAUCUUCAUGCUCUUUAAUCGUUUCAGGACUCCUUGUAUACUUUGGUUAUGGUUAUAAACACAGUGUGGAAGGUAUGAGGCAAAGAGAAAUAACCCAAACACAACUCACAAUUUCACAAACGCAAGAUUUUGGCAAAGACGUUGAAGAAUGCCCUUUGGCUUCUGAAUAA